AUGUUAAAAUAAAUUGAUAAUAAUAGAAAAAACGGAGUAACAAUUGAUAAAGAAUUCAUUUAAAUCCUUGAAAAUCAAUAGUAUUUGACAAGUCCACAUUUGAUAUUUUUCUAAAAGGUUUUUUAUAAAUAUUUUUCAAAUAAAAGAAAAGUAAAUUCUUUAAGAUUACUAGAUAUUUUAAGUUGAUUGCUAUUUCUUCCCUGAAUUUAUGCCAAAAUUAACAAACUAAUUACCGAGCGAUUUGAUUGACCUUUAAAAAAUAAAUAAAAUCAAAUAAUAGAUAGAGGAUAGGAAAACUAAUUAAUCAAAUUUUAUUUCUAAUUCAAUUAUUCAAAAAAACAAUUAGUUUACUUAAUAUUCUAAACAAUAGGUUUAAGUAACUGAAAAACAAAAGAAAAAUUUUUUAUUCGAAAUCAUAAACAUUAGUUAAAGUAAAAAUGUUGAUUAGGGGAUUUACAAAAUUUCUUAAUUAGAAAAUCUCCUUUCUGUAUAAACUUUAAAUAAUGACUAUUAAAAAGGAAAUUCAAUUAGUAAUUAUGAUUAUGCCUACUUUCCAAUUAAUCUAGGAAAUUAUCAUUGGAUAAGUGUAUUAGUCUAUUUUAAAGAAGGUAUAAUUAUAUAUCAAGAUUCCCUAAAUGGAUAUAAUGCGGAUAUUAUAGCUGGAAUUGAAAAAAUUAUAAAGUAUAAAUGUUCAAAAAAUAUUGAUUGGAAAAUAUAAAAAAACACUCCCAGACAGAUUGGAUCAUCAGUAAACUAUUAAUUUAUUAUAGGAUUGUGGUGUUUUUGCUUUAUAUGCUCUAUUCUUUUUGUAUACAAGAGGAGAAUUGAUAAAAAGUGAUAGUUAUUCUUAGACAUUCAUAAGUAAAGUUAGAUAAAAUUUUGCAACUUUAGCAAUAGCUGAAUUAAAGCAUAAUCUUAAGGAUGAUAAUGUUAUUAAUAUAGUAAAUUAAUAAUGA